AUGUGUGGUCGUAAGUCAAAUUCCAAUUUGAGCAUCUCGAGUCAGGCUGCAUUUGCCGCUACUUCAUCUGAGUUGAUCAUCUUGAGUCAGGGUGCAUCUGCUUCUAGUUCACCAGAUUUGAACAUCUUGAGUCAGGAUGCAUUUUCUGCCAGCUCAUCUGAUUUGAACAUCUCGAGUCACGGUGCAACUGCUGAUAGCUCAUCUGAUAUGAACAUCUUGAGUCAUGGUGCAACUGCUGAUAGCUCAUCUGGUAUGAACAUCUUGAAUGAGUGUGAAACCUCUAGUUCAUCUUUGGUUUCUGACAACAUCAAAAACAAUAGAUAUGAUGUGUUCAUCAGUUUUAGAGGUUCUGACACGCGCAACACCUUUGUCGACCAUCUCUACGCUCAUCUCACCGGAAAAGGUAUUUUUACUUUCAAAGAUGACACACAGCUUCACAAAGGUGGAUCCAUUUCAACUCAACUUCGACAUGCAAUCAAAAACUCACGUGUUUCUAUAGUUGUUUUCUCAGAAGAUUAUCCCAACUCAACCUGGUGUUUGGAUGAAAUGGCUACUAUUGUUAAUUGUUGUAGAAAGGCAAAACAAAUUGCUUUACCUAUUUUCUAUGAUGUUGAUCCAUCUCAUGUUCGAAGACAAAAUGGUGCGUAUAGGAAUGCCUUUGAUUUUCACACUAAGACAUUCGAAUCUAAUCCACACAAGGUUGAUGGAUGGAAGAGAGACAUGACCUAUUUGGCCGAAAUUGCUGGUUACGAUAUCAGGAACAAGCCAGAAGUUCAAGAGAUUAAAAACAUUGUUCAGUCAAUAACAAAGAAGUUGGAUCAUAGAUUCUUACCGAGUCUUGAUGACCUUAUAGGAAUACAACCUCGUAUAGAAGAACUAGAGAUCCUUUUGAAACUAAGAUCAAUAUCAGAUGAUGAUAGUUGUCAAGUUUUAGGAUUAUGGGGUAUGGAUGGGAUAGGAAAGACAACUCUUGCGAAAGUUUUGUAUGACAGAAUCUCAUACCAAUUUGAUGCUUCUUGUUUCAUUGAAAACGUUAGCAAAAGUUAUGAAGAUGGUGGCGCUAUUUCUGUACAGAAACAGAUUAUCCAUCAAACGAUAAAGGAUUCUUUUUCAGAAGGAUACAGUCCUUCUCAAAUAUCUGGAGUUAUAACAAGGCUAUACAACAUGAAGGUCCUUAUAGUUCUUGACGAUGUUGAUCAACUACUUGAGUUGAACAUAAAUCUUAAAAUGCUUCGUCCUGGAAGUAGAGUAAUCAUAACCACAAUAGAUGUGCAUAUUCUUGAACUGUAUGAAGCGGACACAAUUCACGAGAUUGGGUUGAUGAAUGACAUUAUUCCUAAGAUACUAAAAUAUGCUCAAGGUCUUCCAUUAGCAAUUAGAGUAAUGGGGUGUUUCUUGUAUAAGAGAAAUACGAGCCAAUGGAGAGCUACCUUGGAAGGGUUGGAGAAUAAUCCAGAAAGUGGUAUUAUGAAAGUUCUUCAAUCAAGUUUUGAGGGACUACAAGCAAGAGAGAGAGAAAUAUUCUUGCACAUUGCUUGCUUCUUUGAUGGGGAGAGGGAAGAUUUUGUAAAGAGAAUUCUACAUGCUUGUGGAUUGCAGCCUGAUAUUGGAAUUUUACUUAUUGCUGAAAAAUCAUUCAUAACCAUUAGAAACCAGGAGAUUUAUAUGCACAAAAUGUUACAAGUGUUGGGGAAGCAAAUUGUUCGAGAACAACAUCCUGAGCCAAGCUUAUGGACUAGAUUGUGGCUUUACAGUGAUUUCUAUGAUGCCAUGACUACACAACCGGUAGCAAUAAAAGCUGAAGCAAUAAUCAUAAAUCAAAAGGAAGAGGAGGUCUCCAAAUUCAAUGAGUUGAGCGGUGCAUAUUUAUCAAAAAUGGGAAAUUUGAAAGUGCUGAUACUAUAUCAUUCGCCUUUUUCCAAAAGACCUUUAUCUCUUUCUAAUUCCCUACGCUAUCUUUUGUGGAAUGGUUACCCUUUCAAUUCUUUGCCAAAUUUUAAUCCAUAUAAGCUUGUAGAAUUUAAUAUGCCUGAUAGCAACAUUGAACAACUAUGGACACACAUCCAGGAACUCCCCUAUUUAAAAAGGAUGGAUUUGAGCAAAUCCAAAAAUCUCAUCACAACUCCAUGCUUUGAAGGUAUGAAAAAUCUUGAGCGGCUAGAUCUUACAGGAUGCAUAAACUUAUCGACGGUUCAUCCGUCGAUAGGAGUUCUUACAAAACUUGUAUUCUUAAGUUUGCAACAGUGUAUCAAUCUAGUGAGCCUUGAUUUCGGCUUUGCACCAAGGGGGGAGUUUUUCUUGUAGUGAACCUCUCUGAGAGUUCUUCGUCUCUCUGAUUGUACAAAACUCAAACACACUCCAGACUUCACUGAAAUGCUACUCCUUCAGUAUCUCGACAUGGAUCGAUGCGCAAGUUUAUUCACCAUUCAUAAAUCCAUUGGAGCUCUUGAAAAGCUUAAAUUCUUAAGUUUAAGAGAGUGCAAAAAUCUAUUUAGAUUACCAGAGGAGUUUAACAUAUUGAGAUCUCUUACAACUCUAGAUCUCUAUGGAUGUUCUAAAUUUACCAAACUGCCACUAGGGCAAAUUUCUACUUCUCCUCUACAAUCUUUAGUUUAUUUAGACUUGAGUUUUUGCAAUAUUACUACAAUGCCUGAUGUUAUUGGAGGAUUAAGCUGUUUAGAAAGACUAAAUCUUCAAGGAAAUAAGUUUACUACACUUCCUUCCACCAUGAGUUAUCUUCGCAAUCUAUCGUAUUUAAACUUGUCUCAUUGUCAUCGGCUUCAAACUUUUCCCGAGCUACCGAUAGAAAGUGGUCGAUCAGAUCUAGCGGGGAGAUAUUUUAAAACAACGUCUGAAUCUCGUAAUCAUAGAUCGGGAUUAUAUAUUUUUGACUCUGCCAAUUACUACUGGGGUGAACCCUUCAUCUUGAACCAAUAUAUAUAUUGGCUCUUCACUACCUGGGUAAUAAGACUCGUUAAGGAACCUCUUCAUUAUCGAUGUGGCUUUGAUAUUAUUUUUCCUUGGCAUGUGGAAACUAAUGGUGUGUAUAAAGAUGGUGUUUUUUCAGAGUUGUUGUUCCACUUCCUUCAUCGGUUUAAUGGGGAUUCAAUAGUACGGAUAAAUAGCUCGGUUAUCGGUGUUGAUUGGGUUGGUUUUCUCUUUUGCGUAAGGUUUGAGUCGAAUAAUCAUAAUCAUAAUCAUGAAUCACCUUCUUCGCCGCCAUUGCCAUGUCCUUUUUAUCUUUCUUUUGAGAGUGAACACACUGAAGAACGAUUUGAUAUGCGAAUGAAUUUGGAACUUAACCAGGUUCAAGGUAGAAAUUAUAUUUGGAUGAUAUUUAUCUCUAGAGAACACUGCCAUUUUGUAGAAACAGGAGCAGAAAUAACAUUCAAAGCAUGCAAAGGUUUGGUUAUUAAGGAAUGGGGGUUGUGUGUCAUAACCAAUGAAGACGCGGAAGGAGAAGAAUGGAGACCAAGAACUGAUCUUGAUUUACAGGUUUUGGAAGUAAAAGAAAGCAGAAGUGGCAAUGAGUUUGAGCCUAAAAUUCAACUUCCUUAUAAUUGGUUAGUUUCUGACGAAGAUGAAGCCGAGACGGUUCAAGCCAAGGGGAAAGAAAUUGAUCUCUUUAAUCUUGGGCUUUACCUUUAA